CGUGUUUUAUGCCCAGGCACGUCUUCAGGGUCACGGCAGUGAAGGGCGAGAUACCCUUCCUAUCGAGCUGUAUAUUAAAUUUUCAUCCACACUUCAAUAUACUGAAAUAAAUGACAUAGAAAAUAAUUAAGUUUAAAGAUAACAACUCAACUCCUCCUAAAGUGUAUUGAAAUAUAACUAUUCCCAGUUAAUUAGCAAUGUCCUAUAAUAUCACAGAAGUCACAGUAGUGCCUCAGAAGGGUUUAAGACACACGGCUACACUUAUUUUUAUGCAUGGCUCGGGGUGGAAUGGAGUACUAUCCAAGAACGAUUUGGAAAUGGUUUUCGGACAGGAAUUCUCUUUUCCACACAUUCGGGUUGUAUACCCAACGUCUCCAGAAAGACCCUAUACACCAUGCAAUGGAAUGUUACAGCGUGUCUGGUUUGACAGGCAGGCAGUGGACAUCAGUGCCCCAGAGGAUGUUUCUUCCAUCAGACCCAUGGCAGAAGAACUCAAUAAACUGAUAGACAAGGAAAUCAGUCUGGGAAUUGAUGUUAAAAGAAUUGUCGUUGGAGGCUUUUCAAUGGGAUCCAGUAUGGCUCUGCAAAUGGGCUAUUGUUUCCGACCUGACGUUGGAGGAAUUGUUGCUCUUUCUUCAUUCCUUAACCAGGCAAGCAAUGUUUAUAAGGUCCUGGAGUCAGUGCCAGAAGCAGAACGUCCCCCCUUGUUCAUGUGCCACGGAGACAAUGAUAAAGUCGUUCCCUGUGCUUGGGGUGAGUGUACCUUUGCACAGCUACAGCAAAGAGGAGUCAAGGGAGAGUUCCAUUCAUUUCCAGGAUUGAAUCACAGUCUUUGUAAAAGGGAAGUUGAGUUAAUGAAGAAAUGGUUGGUGGAUUUAUUACCUGGUGUGUGAUUACUGACUGGACACACACACACACACACACACACACACACACACACACACACACACACACACACACACACACACACACACACACACACACACACACACACACACACACACACACACACACACACACACACACACACACACACACACACACACACACACACACACACACACACACACACACGUACUUUAAAAAUGUAUCUGUUUAAGUUAAGACCAUACAUAACAUAGCUUUAAACUAUCAAUAUAAUUUCACAAAACCGCAAUUGUUUAUAAAAGGUAGAUUUACAGUUCACCAAAGCAUACCUUAUACAGCCAAAUAUUUGUUCAUUAUAUUUUUUGUUAUGUUUAAUAAACCAUAUGUAGCCCAAUAAAUUGAUUCCUUAUUAAUCUAAGCACCCAAAUGGCUUGUCUGCAUUUAGAAUUCAUUGCUGUUAAACCCUUCGACUGUGUUUGUAGUCUUCAGCAUAUUUUUAGGUUGCAUAUGUAGUUAUAAGUAGUUACUGUAAAAUUCAAUAUAAUAUAUUUCUCAUAGUAUAUAUUGACUAUGCAUAUUUUGUUAAAUGAUGCAUCAUAUGUAUUGAUUAAUAUCCUAUUAAAGUAGUCAUACAAAUGGAUAUAUUAGCUUGUAUGUGGUUACUGAUUGGGAUACACACAGUUCAUUGUUAAUCCUUCAGGGUUAAUAGUAUUAAAUGCAUGUGUAGACUGCAUAUAUUAUGUAGUUAUGAUUCACAUAAUUUGUGCUAAUAUAUAUCCUUCUGACUGAUAAUAAAAUUUGUGUAUUUUCAAAAUAUU